GAGAACAGAAAACAGACACAUACGAUCCAAAUUGUAGCGACGCGAUUACAAUAGCCGCGAUGGCCUGGCGACGAUGUUGAUCUGCAAUGGAACAUUUUCUACCACUGUCAUUCGUGAUAAAGAAAAUGUUGAGAAGGGAAAAGGAGAUGUAAAUGUAUGAAAUAUGACGAGGAGGAAUGUUUACUUGAGCAGUUUUCGUAGUUAAAUGGAUGAAGCGGAUUUCGCGGUUCUGGGGCAGCAGAUUGACAAGAGUCAGGUGCCUCCAAUCCAUCAGAAACGUAUCCUCGCAUUCGUGAAUCACUUUGUUGUUAGCACGGUGACAUUUUUGAAUAAAUUUGUGAUAAAAUGUGAGUCAAAGUUCAUCGAAUUCGAGAACAAGCUGCAGCGAGUUGAGGCCUCCCUCGAGAUUGUCGAGAGCAAAUUAGCAUCCAUUCCGGGAGCACAAGAGGCAGGACGUGUGGUGGUUCAAAGGGAAAAUGAGGCGAAAGCUCCAGAAAAGGUCCCGGAAGAGGAGGUGAAGGUUGAUCUCACUGAGUCUCCGCAAACAGCUGAGAGUGAGCCAGAGAAGGCUGAUGAUGGUGUGAAGGCUUGUGAGGAUGUCAGAUACAGGAAAUACUUCAAGAUGGUGCAAUUCGGAGUGCCUCCACCAGCCGUGAAGCAGAAAAUGGGAGCUGAAGGACUCAAUCCGGAUAUUCUCGACGAGCCGAGCAAAAUCCUUCCGGAUGGCAUUCAAUACCACGAGCCCGUGGAAUCCGAUGAUGACUGACCCACUGAAGCCUUGUUCUGUAGCCUCCAGAGUCAAAUAAAGUCACAGAUGCUGGGAAAUGGACAAAUGCGGCUUUUAUUUCACUUCUUUGCGCCGUCACAGACCUGGUCCACUUUAGAACUGAAUCAUCUGUCCCUUCCUCUUCUUGU